GAAGUGAGUGAAUCGCUGAGUCCCGCGAUGAGACAGGGUCUGCAUUUUGCUCUUAAAAUCUCGGGGGCAUCAGGACUACAUCCCAGCUGAGCAGGCUGAGACUGCGGCGGAGCGUGGACCGGCGAGGAGGGGACGCGGAAGGGAGGGAGCGGCGACAGACGACCCGUCCGGCGCGGGUCCCGGCGGCGCCCGGUCCCCCCGGGCUCCAGGCCGCUCGCCCCCCGCCCCUCCCCUUCGCUCCCCGCACAGCCUCUCCCGCCCCUCCCCACCCGACUCCCUCAAGUCUCCACGAACGGAAAUGGGAGUCACAGCGCCGGGGACCAGCGGAAACAAAACACAGAGGCGGCCGCGGGGGGGCCGCUGUGGGGGAAAAGGCCCCGGAACGAGGCCGGCCCGCGCGGGCCCGCGUUCCCCUCCUCCCCGGCGGCCGAACUCACCCACUCCGGAAUCGGCCCUGUUGCCCCCGCCCGCACUCCAGAGCCGGCUGAGAACGGCAGCGGCGCGGGCUCCACGUGCAGCGUCUCUCCGGACCCGUCCGGUCGCAGACUGUCUCCGAGACGCUUCCUGUCCGGUGAGCGUCGACCGACUGAAACGGCGGCCCAUAAUGCAUUGCGAUGGCGGGUAG